AUGGAGGUACCACCACCGCCCUCGUACGCGGAAAUCUUCCAGUACAACAGCGGUGUGACUGGCAGCAGUCUUGCAGGACCACACAGGCGCUAUGAAACCUCCGGUGUGCCCCUUGUUGCAGCAGCGACAGCGAGAACUGCCGAGGUGAAGGCAGCUGGUGGUGAGGUACCGCCUCCAUACGACAUUGCAGCGGUCCCUGUCUACCUGCCACCUACGCCUCCGCCAGUUAAUCCCCUCUCCGCAAAGACUGAUUUAAGUAACGACGGCGUGUUGCAGCACCUAGUGGCGCUGCAAGAGCAAAUUGGCUCCUUAAGGCGUGACCUCAUUGCUCGAAAUUCUCAUCCGACCUCUGCUGACGCUUCAACGUCGCCCCCUCCGCCUUCCCCAGGGAAAAGCGAAGUUGCUGAGUGGGGGCGGCUUCUCCUCUGGCAGCAAACACAGAUAGAGACUCUCAGCGAGGCGCUGCGUAGCGCGCUCGCUUCCCAUCCGGGUAGGGCAUCGGUAGCGGCGACGAGUGUCGAGAAUAAGGUGGUACCAAUAGGAAAGAGUGAGACCACCGCAGCGACGAAAAGAAUAGACAAGGAAGCAGGAACCUAUUCUAUAGACGCAUCGGUGGGCUCAUCCGGAGAUGCUGUUGUGGAUCUUGUACAUCUGUUGACAACCUUCUACAACCUUCCAGGAGCAAAGUGCUGGCACUGCCGCGAACAGCUCCCCAGUACGUUUGGUGAGGAGCUGGUCGCGUCAGCUCUAGGGAUGACGAGUCGUAACUUACUUGAGAAGUAUGCCUUUUUGUUAGUGACGCGCCUGAAUGAAGGGUACAAUACCUUUGGGGUCGUGAAAGAGGUUCACACGACAUCUGUUGUUCUCGGUUCAAAUAGUGGGGACGAUGUGUACAAAAUGCUGGCGCCCCUCCCAUUUUCUGUGCUCCAGGUGGUUUUGGAGUGCACGCAGUUCCCGUCUGAGAUCCCGGCAUAUCGGAUUGCAUUUGCUGCCUGUAAGAUGUAUCAUGAGCGCCAUUCGGAUGGGCAAUCACCGUCUUCGCGAGUGAUGUCGUUUGUACGGCUCUCCGCUGCAGCACCAACUGCUUCAAGUUGUCAUUGCACUGAAGAAGAUGCCGAAACUAUGCUCUAUGGUGUGCGCUUUUUGUGGCUUCCUCUGUGUUUCCUCGAGGAUGAGCUACGUCGCUGCGAAGGCCUGGGACUUGGUGGUGAGGCUUGCCGCUGUGCUGUCUACGCAGGGAUUCUGCUGCGCCUUCAGCAAGCUAUCCGAGUAAAGAAGUGCCUGGGCAAUUCGCCCGCAGCAUCAGAAAAGGCACUUCCUGCUGCAUGCAACGCGGAGCUGCGUCGCGUGCGUCCCUCCUAUACCUUCCUUACUCCAAGGGAGAGGAAGCAAAUUACGGAUGGUGAAGGGAUAGACUUGACGCGGCCGCAGGGACUGCAGGGACGCUGUGACGCUAGUCUGUAG